CCAUCGUCUUUACAAACAAAUCACUUCUUCUCUUUCAUAUAUCAUCAAUGGCUUGUAAACUCUUCCUUUUCCUAGGAGCUUUCCUUCUCGUCCUACUUCACCCUUUCGAGGUUGCCUCCAGAACCCUCAAACCUAAGGAAUCACAGUUUUCCCAGUUGCUCCACAGUUUGGAAGCAGAAGGAUGCCAGGCAUGCCACAAAGGUGCAAACAUCAAAGGACUCGGUCAAGUCAAGCAAUACCUUAACAAAUACGGCUACUAUCCAGAAGGCGUGGAGCUCACAGAAGAAUUCGACGACCAGAUGGAGACUGCCCUUAAAAAAUACCAAGAAUACUCUCAUCUCAAAGUUACAGGAACCCUUGACUCUAGUACUGUAAAAGAAAUGAUGAUUCCCAGAUGCGGUUUCCCGGAUAUCAUCCACAACAAGGGCACCGGCAGGAAGCAUGGACAUAAGUCUAGGUUUCACUUGGUUGCUCAUUAUGCGUUUACAGGGACAAAAUGGUCAGCUUCCAAGACUCAUCUUGUCUAUACCUUCAACUCCAGCGUGCAGGUGGUUGAUGUGCAAACCCUGAGGGCAGUGUGCUCAAAAGCAUUCGAGAGAUGGAAGGCGGUCUCUCAGUUUACAUUUGAGGAAGCACAGCCGGGGAGGACUCCUAAUAUCGUGAUAGGGUUUCACAGGCGCGAUCAUGGGGAUGGAGCUCCGUUUGAGGGACCGGGGAAUACGUUGGCUCAUGCUUUUCCGCCCGAGGAUGGAAGGUUCCAUUAUGAUGCAGAUGAAAGAUGGAGUACAAAUCCAGGGGUGAGUGAAUAUGAUUUGGAAUCUGUGGCGGUGCAUGAAAUCGGACACCUCCUGGGGCUUGCACAUAGCCAGGAUCAGAACGCCACCAUGUACAGAUCAAUUGCUCGCGGAACUAUCAAAAGGGAUCUCGCGAAGGAUGAUAUCGAUGGCAUUCGUGCUCUCUAUUCCAACCGAUAAAUGUUUUUGGAAGUGAAGGAGUUUGCAGUAUUUUAGAGUUGUUUUAAUAUUAAUAUAUAGAAAUGUCAAAAUAAAUUUCAAUCUGAAGCUUGCAAGAAGUGUAACCAUGAUGUUCUGAUGUUCAAAAUGGUUUCUCUAUGUAACAAUAACAAAUGAAUAAGUGUGUGUUUGCUGU